AUGGGUACAGGCCAACUGAACUUCGAAAGACUGCCUACAUACGCUCGGUAUCCGCCCCUAAUUUCGCCGGAAACAGUGGCAAUUUGGCCUCAUCUGACACCGAAAAAAGUCCGCUUCGGCGUUGCAGCGGUUGACUUGGGCGUAGUUCGUUUCUUCGAAGACGUCUGUGUCCAACUCUACAGUCGCAACUCUGAGGCGAACUGUCUUCGGUUGACAGAGCAACCAGAUGCUUGGGCCGAAAUUCGUAUGGAACUUCUGUUGGUAUGA